AAAUAAAGUAAAUAAUGAUAGUAUUAAAUGAAGAUCUAUUCGUACAAUUUUUAUAUACAAUUAAAAUAUAUUUGAAGUAUAAAUAUUAACUUGUUUCCAAUUUUAAUUUAAGUAGCAGGGACUGUAAUGCAUAAUUAAUAAGUAUCGACACUUUGUAUGCUACUUUGACAAGUGGCAGGUAGACUGGAUUUUUGAUCAGACGUAAACUUGAUACGCAGAUUGAGAUAAAGUACAUUGUAGUGAUUUUGGCUAACGAGACUCCUUCGCGCUAUCGAGUUUCGAGCUUUCACGGACGUCGUAAGCAUAUUUCCUCUGAUAAAUGCAUUACGAUACGUACGUUUCCUCGUUUGUUCCGCGCCCAUUCCCACCUGAAAGGGUCGCGGUAACAAGUCGCGAUACCAAAUCGCGUUGCCGCAUCGCCGGUUCCGUUCGAGCGAAUAAUCAGGCACGAACCAAGCGGAUGUCGACAAAUAAUAUUAGCGGAUCGAGUCGCGCGCUGAGUGCAGCGAGGAUAUCUUUGUGCCGGCUUGAUUCGAUUUCGCGCGUAAAUUGAUGCGAUACGAACCCGUAACUCGGAUUCGCGUGUCAUCGAACCGCUCGCGCAGAGAAAGAGAGAGAGAAGGAGAGAUUUACUGUGUUUAUUUCAGCGCAUUUUGGAAGUGGAUAACAAAUGAAUUAAUAACGCGAACUCUCAAAAUAAGCUUACGGCGCGAUUUUACGGAAAACCUAUUUGCGAAAUCUCAUUGUGCAUUUUGUCUUAACGGUAAUACGCGUAAUAUUAUCAUUCAUAAGUAAGUGAAUCGCUAAGCUUCGCGAAGAAACGCUUUACGAUAACUGCGCUAAAUUUUCCAACCACAGAGGAUAACGAUAAACUUACUUUCCGCGCGCAUUCUCCGCAUUUUCGAGUAUUAUCGGCUUGAUCGAUGUAAAGCGAACAACAUUAAUGGAACAUUGAGUGCGCUCUGUUGAUCUUUACUUCGGAUUAACGGACUCAAUUAUUGCGAGUAAUCGACUUACGUGCAAGUGUCGUUAUUGGAACUGUCUGUAUUUAUUCUUGCGAGCUUGCUGGCCACGAUCCACGGAUUAUUACUUAGAAGCCGAACAAAAGCAAAAAAGUGAAGUUUUUCUCCUUGUCUAGCCGCACGUGACUCGAUUCCUUUCUCUCGUGAACAAAGAACAAAAAAAAAUAACGACAAAAGUUCGUUCUAACAUAUCUGUUGCCGUUGUUAACGCGGAACGUUGGCAAUUAGAUGUGGCUGACGUUAUAAUUUUAUUGAAUAAAAAUCAUCUUUUGACAGAGAGAAUUAAUGCUGGAGCGCUACUGUGGAUGAAUUUUCAAGUGUCAAUUCAAAUUUAGUACAAUGUUGAAAUUUUGAUAGCUUAAAUUAACAUUUAAUAAAAUUUUAAUUGAAAUAAUACCAUUUUAAUAUUCUAACACUUAACAAAUUUGUAAGUAGAGGAAAGAUGUAAAGAAAUUCUUAAUUUCGUUGGUGAAUUUUCAUCCAGAGCAGUGUUAAUGAAAGAAAAAUCUGAAUAGCGCUCCAGGGUUAACAAAUAUCUAAUAAUAUUUGAAAUUGAUGAUUAACUUUUGAUGUACAAACGUGCAGGAGAUUUUAACAGCGAGGCAAUCGUUCUCGUGUGCAAGUGAAAUGAUGGACGGUAUUAAUUAAGCGGGAUUAACUCGUCGCUCUCUCGCCCGUGGAAUAAAAGCCAGGAGAAAGUGUGUUGUGAUUUUAAAUCGCGGCUGCGUCGCCGCGGCCCGCCUGCCCAUGAAUAACUACUGAACGACGAACGAGCGGAAGUGGAAGCGUGAUUGGACGGCGGAGCGCGCCCUGCAGUUCGGAGCGCAUUCGCGAGCGAAGCGUGGGAACAUUUCUGCUCCGGAUGAGCCGACCUACGGUGGAGUUCAGUACGGAGGAAUGCUCACCGAUACGUCCACGGCAAACACACGCCCGGUGAAGAACCACUCGCGAAAAUGAGCGCGGCCGUCGAAAACGGCGUGGACGCCUCGAAACCGCGCGGUGGCGGCGGCGUUUUCUCGAGGGCGUUCGCCACACGCGCGCAGCCCUACGAGGAAGCUCUGAAAACAUUGAAUCGUUUAAACAAGGAAGGCGAGGCGCUUGCUCUUCAAGAUGACCUCACAACGCACCCCACCUUGGCCUUGAUGCGGCGCAUCCUCGCAGAUGCACAGGCAAAAUUCCGCGUGAUGGUGGAGGAGAACGCAGCGACCGGCGCCCGGCUGGACGGCGAGCUGGAACGCGCUAGGGGCGAGUGCGCCACUCUUCGGGGCGAAUUACGCGACGUUCGUGGUGCCUUGCCGAUCGUGCUAAAUAAUAACAACGCGGGCAAUGGCAGCUCUAACAGCAAUAACAAUUCCGGUACGGCAACCGGUGUUUCCGGUGGCACCACCGCGAAUCCUGGCCAGGAAGUCGAGACUCAACAACAGGCGCAACAGGAAGAUGCCAAACGGCUUAGCGCCAGCAGCAGUCCAAUCGAAAAGAGAAGUUCGGCCAGCGAUAAAUCCGCCAGUCCCAUCGACAAACGAACCAGCCCCGUGGACAGGAAAGACAGAACCAGCCCUAUUGAUCGGCGAGGCAGUCCCGUAGAACGAAGAAAUGGUUCGCCCUGCCGAAGUCCGAGCGAGAAAGCUCGCCGACCGUGCGCCCCCGCUCUGGAGAAGACGCGGCUGGGUGGAUCGGGUGGCAGUGUGGACUCUCGUUCGGGCAGCGCCAGCCCGGAUCGGGGAUCGACGAACCGAAGUGGCUUCCUGCAUCGCGCCAGCAGCGACCGUUCCAGCGUGGAGCGACUCCGGAUAUCAACUAACCGCGACUCCCUGCGAUCUAGCAAAGAGAUGAACGACCACGACCAGAAGGACGCUGAUAAAGAUCUAGUGGACGGUGAUGCGCGAGGCGACGAGGACAAUGAACCCCCUGGACCGGCACCGGGCAGCAGACCAUCAUCCCCGGCUAACUCUCUCGGAAUCGGCGAUCCGGUGGUGGCGUCCAGACUGUCCAACAUCCAUGGCGGCGGUGGACACGCGGAGCUGGCCAGCGCCAGGAGAUUGCGACUGGAGAACGAACGAUUGGUGGCUGAAGUCGCGAGGUUGAGGAGGUUGUUGCUGAGCGGCGCGGCGCGUGGUGAGGUCGGCGCCGAGGACGCCGCGAUGGAGGAAGAGGCGCGCUUUGUCGCCCUGGAAAUGGAAUUACAGCACGCGAAGGAGGCACUCCAGGCGUUGAAGGCCGAUCGCAAGCGGCUCAAAGCGGAGAAGUUCGAUCUUCUCAAUCAGAUGAAGGCGCUCUAUGGCACCCUCGAAGACAAAGAGCGCGAACUUCGUGAUUUUAUUCGAAAUUACGAACAGCGGAUGCGGGAGAACGAGGCGACCCUGGGACGUCUUCAGCAGCAAGGAGCUGGCAUGCCUUCGGAGGAACGCGAACGAGAGAGAGAAAGGGAACGUUGGAGUCUUCUAAGGGCGGCGAGAGAUGAGGCCGAUCGAAGCCUGAGCCUCGCGGCUAGUUUGGCCGACAAAGAAGCCGCCCUUUCGCAUGCACACGCGACCAUAAAAGAGUUGCAGCGUCAGCUGGGAGAACGUGGUGGCGGCGGCGGGAUCUGCCUGAGCGAUCAGGAGUCCCUGGUGUCGUUUCCGCGGGGCAGCGUGAACGGUGCUGCGACGCCCGGGGCCGGCAGCAGCAGCGGCGGCGGCGGCGGCGGCGGCGGCGGUGGUGGCGGCGGCGGUAGUUGCGGCAUCAUCUCCCAUGUGAAUUCCCAGCCACCCUUGGGCACCACUGAGCUCGGCAUGUCCGUGGGUAACAUGGGCGGCGGUCCCGGUGUAGGAGGAUCCUCCGGCGGCCAGGCCGGCGAUCGCGGCAGCUGCAGCGCGGACAGCGGCGUCCGCGGGUCCAGCGAUCGCGAGAGCGGCGGGGCGACCAGCGUCGGCGGGAAUCUCUCGGAUUCCACGACGGACGGCACGCCGACAAUUACGGUCGAGGGCAGCGGUCUCGACAUGGACAGCAUCUCCGUGGUAUCCUCCGUAGCACCACCCCACAUAUACCAAUCCGCGACCACACCGAAAGACUGCAGCCCGACGUUGUCGCCGCUGAACGCCUUUUCAAGGUCCAUGGACAAUUCCUCGCUAUCGCGAUCGGUCGAGCAGCUAUCCAGCCCGCUGGAAUCCGAGCCGAGGAGGAACAAGCAGCCACCACCUGUCGUCGCACCUGCCGCGCAUUCGCGAUCGUCCGCCACUCGCGGCGGCACAUGGGGAUCCAUUUCAAGAGUAUUCGCCCGUUCGCGACACCGGAAGACUGCAAACAGUUCCAGUGGUGGCAGCGGCGGCAACGAGGGUUCAGACGGCUUUGAUCCAUAUCGAUCGUGGUCGCCGCUCACCGAGGAGGGUUAUGCCGAGAAACUUCGUUUGCUCCGAGAAGCAGCAUCCGUGCCCAUGGAGCGAUGGCGAGCCCCGACUGUUUUAGCCUGGUUAGAGGUGGCUCUCGGAAUGCCGCAAUAUGGUCCGCGAUGUGCGGAAAAUGUCAAAUCGGGCAAGGUCCUACUUGAACUAAGCGACGCCGAACUAGAGGCCGGUUUAGGCGUAACUCAUCCACUUCAUCGAAAGAAGCUACGUCUGGCUAUCGAGGAACAUCGACACCCGAGUCACGUUCGAUAUCCCUGUAUCGCUCAGCUCGGUCACACCUGGGUGAGCUCCGAAUGGCUGCCAGAUCUUGGCCUGGCCCAAUAUUCGGAGAGUUUCGCCACUAAUAUGGUGGACGCGCGUAUGUUGGACCAUCUGAGCAAGAAGGAGCUUGAGAAACUACUCGGAGUCACGAGGAAGUUCCAUCAGGCCAGCAUAGUUCACGGUAUUCAUCUGCUGCGAAUGCUGAACUAUGAUCGACAGGCUCUCGCUGUCAGGAGACAUCAAUGCGAGCAGGUUGACACGGAUCCUUUGGUCUGGACGAAUCAAAGGUUCAUUCGGUGGGCGAGGAAUAUUGAUCUCACGGAAUAUGCCGAGAACUUGAAAGACUCGGGUGUACACGGUGCUCUGGUUGUGUUGGAGCCGUCGUUCACCGGCGACACCAUGGCCACAGCCUUGGGUAUACCGCCGGCAAAGCACAUGAUUAGACGACACCUCACCGCCGAAUUAGAAGCGCUCGUUCUGCCAGCAAGAAGUCAGCUGGAGGUGGUCCCGAGGAACAGCGCCGGCGGGGGUGGCCGUCCGAUCAGCGCCGCGAGCGCGGGUGGUAGUCUCGGUCGUGGAAGCAGGGCGCUGCACCUACAGCAUCAUCAGAGCUCGCUGUCGGCCCUCCACAUGACGGCGAACCACACCGGCACCGUCGACAGACGCAGAUCCAGUCUCAGGACCUGCAGUCUUCUUUACUUGAAAAAGUUGUCGUGGAGGAGCUCACAGGGAUCCCUGAGCAGGGCGUUCGGUCUCCGGCCUAGAAGCGAGAAGGCGUCACCAUCAUCGUCCUCAGACACCGGGAGCCUCGCCAGUCAAUGCCAGUACAUGAGCAGCAGCGUCCGCAGCAACUCGCCGCCGCCGCCGCAGCUUCCGCCGCGACCGAUGUCGACCGGAAGCGGUAAACGGCAUCGGCGGGUGAAAAGCAUCGGCGACAUCGAGUACAUAAGCUCGGCCGCGGUUAGCACUCCGGUCUGACAGGAGGGUAGGCCCCACCAUUCGGGGCCUUACCGCAGUCUGAGCGAACGCGGUUACUCCUCCUCCUCGUACUCCUCGUCGCAAUACGGCUCGUACUCGGGCUACAGCAACGUCCUGACGGGCGGCGGCGAUCAGUACCAGCAGUACCAGCAGCCGUCAGGUGGCAAUUAUUAUCACCAGCUGCAGGGCGGCUACUACUCGCCGCAAAGUUCCGGGCCUCCUUUCCCGGGUGUCCAGAGAUACGGCAGCCUGGCCGAAGAGUCAUGGUCAUCGUGCUCCACCAAGGGAGACAAACCGACGGGAAUCUCGAAGUCUACUCACAGAACUUACUUAGCUUAGCUUCUCCCUGAAACAUUGAAGGCUUGUUGAGCGGACGCUCGAGAGUGACACCAUGCCACGCGCAUGAUGUAGUAUCCUUGGAAAGAAUGUACAUCAUUGUGGUUUUAGACUUUAUCCUUUACCUUCUUUGUUACAUCUCAUGGAUUAUCAACGCUGAUUCAGUUUAGCACAAUGAGAACAGCUUACGACCAGAGAAAAUCGCAGAGAUUAUCAUAUGUCGAACGCUUGUCAGAGAUGUCAUUCAGCGCGACUUCGCAUAUUUUGAAUGUGGCUCGCCGUAUCAGACAUUGUAUCUACAGUUCAAAGAGAUAAUUAUAUCAACAAGCUAAGAAUAUAUCGCUAAAUCUAAGAUCCUGAGCUUCUGAUAUUUCGUGUUUUGACGUAAGAAUGUUAUUGAAAUGAUUUAAUCGAAUUUACAAUUAAUUUAAUAAGGAAAUCGGUGCAAUCCCGAUAAUUCCCGGAUAAUCGCUAUCGUGACAGUAAACCGAAAUGAUCACACAAACUUGUUAACAGUAAUAGACAAUACGUUGACCGGACAAUGGAUUACGAGAAUACAGUUUCGGGCACUUUACGAUACGAUUAUUCCUAAAGUCCUAAUGGACGAGUAAACGUUGAUGUCAGUUAUCUCAGAGUUAUUCUCAAUUACAAAGUAAUUAUACGUCGUACAAAUACUAGGCAGCAUAUCGUGAUGUUAAGAAGCAUAAAAAAAGAGUCUGACCAAAUUUUAUGAACACAUCGAGCUACCGACCGAUAUAUACAUAUAUCUGAUGGAAAUAAAUAUAAUAUAAGAAGAGUAUAUAAUUAUGAUCACGGAUCAAGAUUAUAAAUAAACGAACUAAUAAUGAAAAUCUUUCAGUUCAAUACGUAUACUACGUGACAAUAUCUCACACAAACGAUUCGCCAAUAUAAUUUUUUAUUGCUAUCAUUGAGCGAACGGCAUCUCACUUUGAAGAAUUGAAGGGUUUAUCACGGAAACCAAACGAGUUCAAAAAUUAAGUUUUAAGAAAAAUCUCUCUUUAAAUCGUUUAUUAUAUAAAUAUGAUAAUUUUUCUCCGAGCGUAUUGUAUAAGAGCGAAAAUAAUAUACUAGGUAUAAGAACGAAGUUUUAGGCCUUAAUUAAUAUUUAAGGACGAAAUAAUUAAGAAAGAAAUAAAAAAAAACCUCUGGUCUUCUUUGGUUCUUGCAAAAAUUGUGUAUUUACUAACUUUCUAAUAUUUUAUAUUUUUUGUUUGAUUCUUGCUAAAGCAAAAUUGUUUACAAUACGACGCUGUACUGAUAGAAAAUUAUCUAGAAAGGAAUUAUCUAGAUUUAAAAAAAGAAAGUAGGCUUGUUUGGUUUUUGUAGGAAACCCUUACAAUUUAGAUCGUAAACUCAUUCCUGUAUGUAAGCUAGCACGAAAGGAUCGUAUCGUGAGUAUCGUUAAAGAAUAUUUUCGCUUAUGAAUCAAUCUUUGUGGACGAAUGAAUGACCUCGGAAGCUUUAACAUGACAUCAGCUGGCUGAAAAGUGAUCGCAACGGUGCGUUUCUUCGGUAUCCCUCGUGUACGUAUAUGCAUAUAAUACGUACGCGUUUACUGUACUUUUAUUACAUUAUUUUUUAUCGAUGUGUACGUAUGUGUGUAAGUUUCCUGCAAGUACGCUUAAUUGGAAACUUUAUCAGACAGGCUUGAAAUAAUACAAUAGAUUUGCUUUUUAUCGCUGCACUAGGUUGCACUAGAACUUGCACUAAAUUUCAAAGAUAUACGAUAUACAUAUUUCAUUCAACUACAAAUAGUGUGCACCAGUUCAGCUAUAAAAAAACAGAUCUAUUCGCUCGAGCUAAGUGUGCUAGAUACCGUGAAAUAAUGAAUGUUGACGGAAUUGCGCCUCCCCCUCCCCUCCCUCUCACGAAGACAUCCAAGUCUUCCAUUAUGUUCCAUCAUAUUUCGUAGCACGGUAAAAUUGAAUAUUUCCCCGUUCUUCGUUAUUCUUGAAUCAAAGGGAAGUAUCGGGAAAUUCAAUUGCUGCUGCGACGAAUCUCUUCUCUAUCGCACUGGCACACGAGAAUUCUCCAAGUACCUAUACAUUUAAGCUGCAGUCUAUAUGAAAAGUUUAAAACAGAACUGCUCCCAAGACAAUUGCGAUUGCAAAUAAUUUUUCAUUACGUAUCUAAUUAAUUAAUUAAUUAAUUAAUUAUACGACCACCGCGACGCGCUUCAAUAGAGAGGAAACGUAAACGAGGCGAGUCGCGAGCCACACGAUUUAAUUUAAGUGCCAGAAGGAUCGGGUGUGCACCAUAAUUUGCCGCACUGCCGAAGUGCUCGACACAUUGUAUCAUUAUACUAAUACGUACAAUUUCCCCCAGUGUUCGUAUAUCAUACUCGCGCGGUCGCAAGGGAAAACAAAGACGAUAUUUUGCAGAUAAUACACAUAUUUAACGUGAUAUUUAUUCAUAGAUUAUAAUCAUUUCUUGAUAUUUAUACGGCGCUCGCGUGCUCGGUCGUCGAACUAUUUUGAUUCAAUCGUCACAAUCGGAGAACGAUCAGGACCACACGAUAUAUAAUAUAUAUUUUAUUGCCGGACUAGUAUUACCGUCGUUUUGCGAGAACGGAAACGGCGAAUUAAUACACUAGCUAUCGUGACAUUCGUGUACCUAAGUGAUUUAUUUAUAUAAAUUAAUUUAGGUCUUUAAUUUAUUUGUAUACAAUAUUAUUGCGUAACGCGGCCAAUUCCUCGCUUGAACGCGACGGAUCGAUAAGUUACGUGUUCGCUUAUUGUAUAUUGGUCGUAGUGCGCGAUCACACAUUUCAAUACAACUGUUGUAAAUGUGCUCAGUAACGUCUGUAUAUAUUUGUGUGAACUGUAUCUAAACACGGAAAAAAAAAUUAAAUAAACGAUUGCCUUUACUUCUGCA